AGACAUUUUCUCUGUCAUAGAUUUGAAAUAAAAAUAAUUUAAACAAUAAAAUUAUAACAGGAGAAUCUAUAUACGUACAUGAGCUUUUUGUUGAUUAUUUGAUCUCUGGAUCUUCUUCUACAGUUUUUUGGUACCCAAUAAUGGCGUUCUUGAAGACCAGAUCUCCAUUUUUUGCGUUUUCUCUGUGGAAUGGGCCUUGUUAUGAAUAUGUGGCUCUGUCAAGGUUAUUUACUCGAUUUUCGGUAACUUUUUGGUGAAGCAAAGUGAUUUCUCUGCGAUUUAUCAACUGGUAAUGAAUCAUUCUAGGUCUGUGAAGUUUAGAGCUCGAUAACCGGCUCGAUAAUUUUCGAUUAUCGUUCUGGCUUGGCGAAGUGCAGGGGUGUAACUUGCAGUUUCUUCUUAGUUAAUGGAAGUGCAUAUCUCAUUUUUCUGCUAUUUCUUAAUGAAAAUUGAACUUAUUAUGAAAGAAAUACUGGUUAUAUGAAUAUUAGGGCUUUGUCCUGUUGUAACUGUGUUAAAUGUUGCGUUCAAAUCUCCAGUUUGAGAUUAUAAUCUUGUAAAGUAGUCACGGAAACCUAAACUUUUGGUUAUAAAAAAUUUAAGUGUCUGUUUUGAGGUUUUUAUGCGAACGAAACGCCUUCUAAUAGAAUCUUCUCUGUUCUUAAACGUCCUUUUCCUUUUCUCUUGUAUUUUGCACCAAAAUAUUCAUAAUUAUGGUUUAAUUAUGAAUAUUCAGGCUCUGUGAAGCUUCUGGCAUCAUUUUUGAAGUUUUGCUCCAAAGCAAUCAUUUUCUUGUAAUCUUGAAGUUCACAGCUCCACUUUAGUUUUUCUUUUUUCCGUUUUUCAUCUAACUUUUCCUGGUGGCAAAAUAAUUAUGGUUCUAUGAUUUAGCGUUUUCACUUUUGUGGUUCUUUACCAGUAAAUUGUUUUCUCCGAAGUUUAAAAGUUUAGAUCUCCAUUUUUAGCAUUUCAUUUUGACGAGGUAAUGAGCAAUUCUGAAAAGUGAAAAGCUUUCUCAAAGAUGGUGUCGGAUUUCCUGGAUUUUUAAAUCCCAGAUCACCAUUUUUAGCAUCUCAUUCUAGUUCAAGGGUUUUGCAUUUCACUUUGAGGUUCUUUUACAUAUGCCACUUCUUUUAUGACAAAAAUUUCUCAAAUAUUGAGUCUCCAAUGCAUGGAUUGGGAAGACCCCUUUUUUGUGAUCACUAGUAUUGAGGUUCAUGUUUGCAUGUUUUUGUGUGGGAAAUUUGACCUGAUAAUGAUUAAUUUUUGUACCACAAUUAAAAAAAGAAAAGAAAAAGUGUGUCAUAAUAUUUUGGGUUUGUUUGUUGGAAAAUUUGGUGCAUAUCCUUUCUGCUAGGCUUUGUGGAGAGAAAUUAUGAAUUUCCCUUUUAGGAUUUUCUCACAGAGACAUCUGAUGAGGUACUGAACCACGUUUUUUCGGCUCUUCAUUUGGAGAUCAUUUUGUUGAAAACUUGAAAAAAAUGGUAUUUAUCUUCUUUUUAGAUAUUUAUAACAUAGUUAAUUUUUUUUGAUAGAUUGUCCGGUUCUCUGAAGGUCUGUCUCCAUUUUGAGGUUUUACGCAGUUGGCUCUGAUCAAAUUACCAGUUUUUCCUGGGGCUAUUGAAGUUUUUGUUUGUCUAAAAUCUGUUCAGGAGCAAUUAAAAGCUUGGUGGACCUGCACUUUGUAUCAGUCUUCAUGGAUGUACCCAUCUUAAAGAAUCAGAAUCCUUGGCUUUUUGAGCAUCUAAUAUCAGAAUCUGGGCAUUGAGUUGUAAAGUAAAAGCUCAAGUUACAGCAAAAGCAACAGAGAAUUACAUUACAGUGUUUAAUUGUAAAGAGAGAAAAAAGGAAUAAAAAGCUAAGCUUAAGAUAGAAGGAAUAUGCUUCUUUGCAGAGAGCAUUGCCUUAUAAGUUUCUGAGCUCAAAAUCAAGCCUCAGGGGCUGAAAGGCUGAAGCUUUUGUUGGUUAGAGAGACAAAAUGUAUGGGCAGAGAGGAAUGUUUAAUUCUGGCUCGGGGGAGCAGUCUGGUGCGAAUGGCGCAGGCAAUCUGAGUGAGAGAGAUGCAAUGUUAUCAAGGGAUCCCAAACCGAGGCUUAGAUGGACCCCAGACCUCCAUGAGUGCUUCGUCGAUGCAGUGACCAAGCUUGGAGGACCCGAGAAAGCCACUCCAAAGUCGGUUCUGAAAGUCAUGGGCUUCAAAGGUCUCACUCUGUACCACCUCAAGAGCCAUUUACAGAAAUACAGAUUAGGGAAGCAACCACGCAGAGAGAGCAGCACUGAAGGAGGAAAGGACGGCAGUUUAGGUAGCCAAAAGCCCCCUAUACUGGCAACUGAUAGCGCCUUACGACAGAACAACCAAGGGGAAAUCCAGAUUGCACAGGCUAUUCGUUAUCAGAUAGAAGUACAGAGAAAGCUCCAAGAGCAGCUAGAGGUGCAAAAGAAAUUACAGAUGAGGAUCGAGGCCCAAGGAAAGUAUUUGCAAGCAAUCUUAGAGAAAGCCCAGCAGAGCCUCAGAUGUAAGGAAGGAGUAGAAGAAGAGAGCAAGGUUGGGUCUGAUUACCAGAAAACAGCAGCUGGAAGUUUGGAUCUGAAUGUGAACCAGGGGUCAUUGGAUCUCCAGAUCUAUAAAAGAUAUUCAUAGAGGCACAUGUUUCUUCCUAUAGUUUUCUUUUUUAUUUUCUUAUUUGUUGUCUUUUAGAGGAAAAUUUGUUCAAAAUUUUAGCUUUUAUACCUUUUGUAUUUCCUAUGUGUAUGGUAAAAUACAUAUAUGAAUUAGCAUCACAGCUGUUUAUUCAACUCGAAUCUCAGUGCAGAUAUAAUUGAAGUGGUUUCGUAUUUCUUCCUCA